AUGAAGUCCAUUUUUUUCUUGUCAAUGGUAGCUCUUACCUCAGCUCACGUGCUGGGUAGACAACAAUUCCAGAAAAAUGAGUUCAAUACCGAAGAAGUUAUCGCAAAAGCCUUUGAAGCAUAUAUGCCAGAUUUCCUUUCCUCCGUCUCGGCUUCUAGCAGAAGUGAAUUCAUCAAAAUAUACUCUAACAGUACCAUCCCCAGAUCUCAAAUCGAAACUCAAUUGAACCAAUGGGCUGUUCAAAAUGGUGUUCAGCCUUACAUCGAGAACAUCAAAACUAGUAUUUCUGACAUCUUCAAGCAAUUCACAUCCAGAGGCAACUCGAACGGUAGAAAUAACUACACUAUCCUUCCUGAUUUUAACGGUGGAUUCCAAGGAGGAAACAAUGGAAACCAAGGAGGAAACAAUGGAAACCAAGGAGGAAACGGUGGAUUCCAAAAUGGAAACGGUGGAUUCCAAAAUGGAAACGGUGGAUUCCAAGGAGGAAACGGUGGAUUCCAAGGUGGAAACAAUGGAAACCAAGGAGGAAACGGUGGAUUCCAAAAUGGAAACGGUGGAUUCCAAGGUGGAAACAAUGGAAACCAAGGAGGAAACGGUGGAUUCCAAGGUGGCAACAAUGGAAACCAAGGUGGAUUCCCAGGUGGUAACACUGGAUCCCAAGGUGGAUUCCCAGGUGGUAACACUGGAUCGCAAGGUGGAUUUCCCGGUGGUAACACAGGAUCCCAAGGUGGAUUCCCAGGUGGUAACACUGGAUCACAAGGAGGAAACGGAGCUUUCUUCGGAUAA